AUGGGAGUUUUCCGUCGUUUCUUUUUGUUACUACCAACGGAAUUAAUGCAUCGUUACGAGCCUCUUCAUCCUGGUGAUGCAGGUUCCACCGAUGGCCUGGAGCUUGAGCUGGAGGAGGAGAGAAAGGAACAAACAAUGAUAAAGUCACAGCAGUCAAGGAUUGUUCGGUACGCGAAGAUGACAGGUGUAUUCCUUACGCCUUCAUUUCUGCAGCGAAACGGCGAGAAAUCCGAGAGGAAGAUUACAGAAACCUCCUACUUGAACGGAGUACGCGGGCUGGCAGCAUCUCUGGUCUACGUCCAACACUCCUUGUUCGCACGUUGGAUACAUAACGGAUACCGAGGUCUCCCAGAAGAUUUCUUCUGGCAGCUUCCAUUUGUUCGAUUACUCUACUCUGGGCGUUUCAUGGUUGCCAUAUUCUUCAUCCUCUCGGGCUUUGUCCUCUCGUACAGACCUCUUCAACUAGCGAGAAAAGGCGACAGUCGAGCACUUUACGACAAUCUCUCUUCUGCUACUUUCCGACGAACCCCACGACUGUUCCUCCCAAUUGUGCCGGCUAUGCUCGGAACAGCAACAAUUGUCUAUUAUACUUGCUAUGGUGCCGAAGACUUCACGCUGAACGUCUGCCUGCCGAAGGCUAACUCAUUAUGGCGCCAAUGGUGGGGUUAUGUGCCAGUGAUUGUCCAUAUGCUGGAUCCAAGUUCCUGGAACGAAUAUUACCCACCUGGUCUACCGCAUCUUUGGACUCUGUCCAUGGAGUUCCGCGGAUCCAUGGUGGUUUUCCUGCUUGUGCUUGGACUUGGAAACACAAGGCCGCUCUACAGACUGAUUUUGCUGGGUUGCUUCGCGAUAUUUUUCCUUCAUUUGGGUAAAUGGGAUACCUUUCUCUUCACAUGUGGACCGAUUCUAGCCGAACUUCGAAUUUCCCGGGCGGAGGCUCAGACACAGCUGGAAGCAGGUCACAUUGGUCCAAAGCGGAUGCAGAGUUCCAUUCAGUGGAGUGUUGUGACCAAAGUUUUCUGGACCAUCAAUUUCAUCGCUGGUCUCUUCCUCGGCAGCUGGCCAGCAUUUCAAGCAUGCUCGUCAUACGGAUUCCGCAAUCUAUGCCACCUUACUCCAAAAUCCUUUGGAGGCAGCGAAACAGUCGAGCAGUACUUCUGGGUCUCGAUCGGCGCAUUCUUGCUUCUCCUCUCCUUCGAGCAUAUGGAGGUGCUGCAAAAGCCAUUCACAACCAGACUGGCGAGCUACAUGGGAGACAUCUCGUUCGGAUUCUAUAUCGUCCAUUGGACUAUGUUGUUUAGUGUUGGGACGGUGAUUGUUGGAGCUUGCAAGAGCUGGUUGCCUUAUGGGUAUCCAAAUUACAGUCUUGGAUUCUGGGUCGGUGCAAUCCUGACUACACCGUUCGUUGUCUGGGUUGGAGACAUACAUUGGAGGGCUUUUGACAAUGGUGCUGUGAAGUGUGCGCGUUGGCUCAACACUGUUUGUACCAGGAAGUAA